AUGAAGCGUAUUGCCAUCAUCGCAGGAGAAGUAUCGGGAGAUUUGCUGGCGGCACGUCUGAUGCUGGCGCUGCGUGAGCGUUACCCAGAAUGUCAGUUUGAAGGUAUUGCCGGUGCUGAAAUGCAAGCCGCCGGUUGCCAGAGCCUGUUUCCGUUAGAAAAACUGGCGGUGAUGGGUUUGGUUGAGGUGCUGAAGCAUUUACCUGAAUUACUCGCCAUCCGUAAACAGUUAUUUGAACGCUGGCGUGAUGACCCACCUGACCUGUUCAUCGAGUUCGUUGGGCAUCCGCUGGCCGAUGAGGUGGAAUUUGAUGCUAGUCGGGAAAGUGCGCGGGCUGCUUUGGGGUUGCAGCAGGAUGCGCGUAUCCUUGCACUGCUUCCGGGGAGUCGGCGUGGCGAAGUGCAGCGUCUUGCCCCUGACUUUUUGCGGGCAGCCUUGCAAUUGCAACAAAAAUACCCUGAUAUACACUGGGUGACACCUGCGGCAAGCCCCGCUUUGCGGCUGGAAUUGGAAAGCAUCCGCCGACAGCUUACGCCUGAUUUAAGCCUC